AUGGAUAAUCUAUGGACUCGGCGUACAAACUCCAGCAAGCUCUCCCUAUCCACAUCAAGUUCGGGACAGAGCGAGUCAGCCAAUCGUAAUGCCAGCUUCUCCAAGCGCUUUGGAGGUGACACCUCCUCCCAUGGGAAAAGCAAUCCCUUCAACUCCGCGACGACACCGGGAAGCGGCCUGGUGAGUCCCACGAGCGCAUCCAGUGCCUUUGGCCUCGGCUCAGGCGCUUUCGCCUCCUUCGGAUCGGCCAAGACACCCAAGUCGGGAGCCAACCCCUUCGAGGCAGGAUUCGGCGGCGGCAGCGGCUCCAAGACUCCCACGGCCGAGAAAUCGACCAAGGAGGGAGCCUUGAGCGGCAAGGCGACUACCAACAGGGCAGAGGCGAGAGCCCCCGCCGCGCCGGCAGCGCAUUCGCUACGGACACCGUGGGUCUUCUGGUUCCGACCACCCAUCAGCAAGGCCAAUGGGUACAUCGAGUACGAGAAAACGCUGCACCCCAUCGCCAUGUGCGGAACCGCGGAGGAGUUCUUCACCGUGUAUUCGCAUCUGAAGCGGCCCUCAACUCUGCCUCUAGUCUCCGACUACCACCUCUUCCGAAAGGGAGUCCGGCCUAUAUGGGAGGAUGACGAGAACAAGAAGGGCGGCAAGUGGAUCGUGCGGCUCAAGAAGGGUGUCGCUGAUCGAUACUGGGAGGACCUGCUGCUCGCCGUGAUUGGCGACCAGUUUGGUGAGGCGAGUGAAGAGGUGUGUGGUGCCGUGCUCAGCGUUAGAAAUGGGGAGGACAUCCUGAGCAUCUGGACCCGAGGAGGUGGGGGACGGGUGCUCAAGAUUCGCGAAACCAUGAAGCGAAUCCUCAACUUCCCCACCGAGACCAAGCUGGAGUGGAAGAGCCACGACUCCUCCAUCCAGCAGCGCACGGCCAUCGAGGAAUCGCGGCGCGAGAAGGCCAACCAGCACCACGAUAAGCGACCAUCCAAGCAACACCACCAACAGCAAGGCGACGACCAGAAGCAAGGCAGCGGAAGCGCCGGCACAUCAUAG